UUUAACGUUUGAUGUUUUCAUUUGAAUCCAAAUCAAUGAAAUUAAGCGAAACACAGAUAGACAUACUUACACAGACAAAUGAUAUCAAAAUUCAUCUUAUAAUUGCAAUUAAUGUCGUAACAGAGAAUGACAUCAUUUGCGAAGAGAACCACCAAAAGCUCCAGACCAAUGGCCAAUUGUUCACUGAAGAACUUCAAAACAAACAUGUACACAUCAAUGAUUCAGUUAUUUUGACAUGUAAACUCAACCUUCCAACAGAAGAAAAUGUUGAGUGGAGGAAAGAUUACAAGCCGGUUGAAAUUUCAAACAAUUUAAUGGUCAUGAGCAAGAAUGGAAAUCAUUGGUUAGCGAUUUCCCGUGCAUCAUUAGAAGAUACGGGUCAAUAUACGUGUGAAUAUGGCCAUAUUUCAACAUCAGCUGAUCUUAGUGUUAUAGAUGAAGCAUUAAUUGUGGUCGUUCAUUUCCCAAUCAAGAUUGAGGUUAUUGAAAAUGGAAACAUUGAUAUAGAGUGUAAGGUGAAUCUACCCACGAGUAAACCUGUUUGGCAACACGAAGGGAAUCUUCUUCAAUCAUCUGGUAGAAAGGUUAUACAAGCAAAGGGUACUACACACAAAUUGAUGAUCACGAAUAUAACAUUAGACGACGAGGGUGAAUAUACAGUUAACUUUGGGAAUGUCUCAUCUAAAACAACAGUUCAAAUACAAGUGGAAACAGACCUUAUCCACAGAAAACAGAUAACACAAGAAUUGUACAGAAAUUGGAUGAGAGGAGCUCUAGCGUUAAGAUAUUUAAAAAUAGGUUUAGAAGGUUUUUCCGACAAGGCUGUUCAGAAACAACAUAAUGAUCUAAUGAAAACACUUGGAAACUCCUGCAGCACUUGUACAGAGGAAAGUCUUCUCCCACAUACACAAGAUCAGUGCCCAUAUCGAAUAAAACAUAAAUGUUUAUGUAACAAAGGUCAGAAACAGAAGUUAAGACAAGUGUGUCCAAACGGGGGAUUUUGUGGCAACGUUUAUAAUCAAAUAGUUUAUAAACAUCGCUUUCAAGAUCCAUUAUUCACAAAUACAGACAUCCAAAAAUGGAGCAGUGAUCCUUGGAGUGUUGCUACAUGCUUUAUAUAUACUACUGGCUACAAAGGCAAACAAUCAGCUAAAGAGGUCGACUGCUCCGGUUUACUUAGUAUGUGUAUGAACAACAUUGAUAUAGAAAUAAUGCUUGGAGAAGUUUACAUCGAUGGGUGUACAGAUGCUUUUGCAAAGGCAUGGGAAGCAAGGAAUGAUAUUCUUCACAGUCCAAACUAUCAACUAUCUGAAAAUCAACUAAACACGUUUAUCAGAAUGUUCAAAGAAGUACUAGAAAUCAAAGACAAACAUGGUAAUACACCUUUGAAAGGGGAGCCAGGAGUAGAAGAAGCAUUACGUUUACUAGAUAUGGUGCAACAAAAUAAGAUUGAGUUUAACCUUGAACAGGAGAUGAGAGAGCUGAGAGAGCAUGGGAUGUCUAGAUUAGAAAAGGAAUUCCAAACAGCAAAACAACAGGCAAAUUUUAUAGCUAAUGCAUUUGAUGAGUAUUGUUAUAACAUAGUUUUAGGACCUAGUAAGGCAAUAGUAAAGUUAGGAAAUAUUAGUUCAAGUCUCAUAAAAAGGUCUUUAAAAAUACUGCGAUUCUAAAGUUGCUAUUCUAUUUAUUGUAUACGAAUCAUUAAUGAGUAAGAGAUGGUGAAACAGAUGUCUAUUAUUUGUCACUGUUACAUGUUUCCCUGUUAAUCAUCAUGCACGCUUGAAUAUAUAGUCUCGUUUAGAUUUCUUUAACAUUACAUUCGUUAGUUAUGGAAAAGAAUACAAUUUUGAAUGAAAUAAAAGUGUCAUUGCGUAAAUAUACUUUGUGGUCAGGUCUUACCUACUGUCUUCUAUCCUAGGUAAUUAAAUGUAGUAUUUAGACGGUGGUAUCAGAACUAUUCCAGUGUUCCGUUAGUAUAAUAUUGGGUUUUAGAAAAUAAGGAAUUAAAUGAAUAUUACCAAAAUAGAUAUAAUUAAAAUUUAGUACCUUCUUCGUCAUGUUUAUGCAUGAUAAUCGGAUGGGUCGAAUAAUUUAUAUGA